AUGACUGCCGCCACGCUGGUCGCGCCUCCAACCCUGGACAUCCUCGACCUCGACCUACUGCUCUGUAUUUGCGAGCACCUUCCUGCCCGAGGCCUCGCGCGGCUGAAGUGCGUGAGCCACCGAUACAGCGUCGCUGACACUGCGGCUGAGCUCGCAUCCUCAAGGCGGCACGAUGGCUGGCGAGUUGCAGCUCGCGACGGCGAGAGUGCAAUCUUUCGUCUGUUCGUCUGUGAGCGGCUCCUCGCCCCGCUGCCCGUCGUGUCCGCCACGAGGUUUCACGGCUUAGUCGUGACGGCAGGCGGAGGGCUUUCCGCUUUUGGUUCAAAUGCAGACUUCCAGUUGGGACUAACCGACGACCCGGGGAGCGACUUGGAGCCCGAGCUGGACGAGGACGACCAAGAGCUUGAGUUCGGUUGUGCCGACCCACGUCGCGCUGAUGUUGUCGCACCGCGUCCGAUCGAACGGCUGGCGGGCCGGACGGUGGUGGCCGCUUCUGCCGGCUGGGCUCACAGCGCCGCGCUCACGAAUGACGGCCGUCUCCUGACGUGGGGUAGCUACGGCGAACGCUUGGGUUUGGGGGUCCAUCAGGGCGUCGUGGGCCCGCCGUGCGAGGUGUCAAGCUUCCCGCCCGAAACGCGAGUGGCGCUAGUUGCGGCUGGCGUCCACGAUACGCUCUGUGUCACGGCCAACGGCGAUCUCUACAGCUGGGACUGGGUCGGGGCCGAGCCCGUUCGCGUGGACGCCCUGGCAGCCCGCCGAGUGGUGUCCAUUGACCACAAGGACGGCCUGGCCAUCGCAGUGACGUCUGCGGGGAAGCUUUUCCUCUUUUGUGCCGGCUGGAAUCUGCCGCCGCCCGUCUUCCACUAUCUGACUGUUGCGUCCGACGGCAGGCUCUUCACAUGGGGUGAGGGCGCGGAGGGCAAGCUCGGGCACGGGGACGAGGAGGAUGUGAUGACGCCGCGAGUCGUGUCCAGGCUGCAGGGCAGGCCCGUCGGUCUCGUGAGCUGUGGCACACUGCAUACAGCGGCGACGACGGAUGGCGGCUCGGUGCUAUGGACGUGGGGAUCUGGCUCUUUCGGCUGCCUCGGUCAUGGGAGUGAAGAGAACCGCCUCGAGCCGACGGAAGUGGUCCUUGAUGGCUUCGGCACUGACAUGGUCAUCCAAGGAGGCGUGAUAGUCGAGGACAACCGGGGCGACGACAGCGCUGUCGAGCAUGUCGAGAUAGUAGCUUUGUCGUGCGGAUGCUUCACGACUAUGAUCGUGGACACUGUCUCAGGUCGGCUGGCCUCCAUGGGUUGGUGUCAUGCUGGACAGCUUGGGCUGGGGGCGCAGGUGGAAGGGCUGGAGUUUACGUGGCAACCGCUCGCGGUGCUAGAUGUACGACCUGAGGUGGCACCGCACGCUCAGUCCGAGUCGGGCCGGUGA